AGUCUAGCAGUGUGCACAACACCCAUUCAAUAUUUCUGUAGUUUAUUCAAGCUAUAUUUUGCAGCGUAUAUAUAGCUCAUUAAGGAUAAGUAAGUUAAGUUAUAUAGCUCAUUAAAAUUUCGAAUUCGUUACCCAAAUAGAUGUUCAGAAACACUGUGGUGCUUGUGGUGUAAAAUAAUUUCACGUAAAUAAAACGUGAAAUAUACGGAUUGUGGUAAUCUCAAAAAUAUACCCUUCUUUUUGUGCAAUAUGAGACUGUGCGGGUUUAUCGCUUCUGUACUGAUUAUGAUCUGCGCAUUCAGGGCAUGUACGGUAGCAGGUUGGCCUGUUACCAAUCCAGAGGUGGUGGACAGUCUGAUUUUUGCUGAUCCGGAAGAGGCUGCACAAUCAAUGAAGGAGAUACCUCAAUGGCAUUGCUUGCGAUACUUUAAGCAUGACAUUCAUCUCAUGCGUCGUUGUAGAAACUAUAGACUGCACAUGUUGCGAAGACCUACUGAUAUGAUGUAAAGUAAUACGGAACGACAUGAGCUAUCUAUAUUAGUUUAUCAAUUCCCUAAGCGACGAUAUGUACGCACAAUAAUGCCUAUAUAUCUAUAAUUUCAAAACAUUCAAUCAGUUUCAAACAUCAGUUUGAAUUGUUAAUAACUGAUGCACGCUAACACUAAACAACAUCUUAGAUGUAAUUUUAAAUUACUAAUAACGAAAGAAACAGUAAGGGAUAUGUGUUUGUGUGUAUAAUCAAAUCAUCAAAGAUGGUAGUGAAAUAUAAGAUUUUUAAAUAGAAAA